AUGACUUCAAUAUUUCAUUCCGGUCUUUCAAAAGAUUUUUCUUCCAUAUUAAAUGAUGCCGAUGAUUUUAAUGUUAUUAUUCAAGUCGGAAAGAACGAAUAUAUUAAAGAAUUUCAUGCCCAUUCAGUAAUUUUACGUACUCGUUCUCCAUAUUUUAGAAGUGCACUAUCAAAUAAAUGGAUUACAAAGAAUAAUGACAUGAUAAUAUUUAAUAAACCAAAUAUUUCUCCUCUAGUUUUUGAAAUGAUAUUAAAAUAUAUUUAUACAGGUGAACUCGACUUAACAAAUUAUCAAAGUGAAGAUAUUCUCGAACUUUUAGUUGCAUCUGAUGAACUACUCCUUGAAGAAUUAUUUGAACAUGUUCAAGAUAAUUUAAUUGAGAAACAAACAACUUGGGUUCAAGAAAAUUUUGUUCUCGUUCUUCAUACUGUAUUUAAACUUUUGAACUGUAAAAAAUUACAAACCUAUUGUCUUGAAUCCAUUUGUUCAGAUCCACGAUCAUUUAUUACUUCAAAAAACUUUCCCUCGUUGGAUAAAGAUAUUCUAUAUAAUUUACUCGAACGUGAUGACUUACCGGUUGAAGAAGUUAUAAUUUGGGAAUGCUUAAUUAAAUGGGGUAUUGAACAAACUCCUGGUUUUGAAAGUAAUAAUAAUGAUAGAACCAAAUGGAAUAAUGAAAAUUAUGAAGCAUUAAGAGAAACUUUGAGUCAAUUUAUUCCUCUUAUUCGAUUUGUGGAAAUUUCUGCCGCUGAUUAUUUAACUAAAGUUCGUCCUUAUAAAGCCAUUAUUCCUAAUAUUAUUCAUAAUGAAGUUGAAGAAUUUUAUUUUAAUGGUACAAUACCAAAAACAAUCAAUUUACCUCCAAGAGUUGGAAAAAGUCAUAUUGAAUCGAAAAUUAUUAAAAUAAAACUUAUUUCUACAAUUAUUAAUUGGAUUAAUAAAAAAGAUGCAAAGGCUAUAAGAAAUAAAAAUGAUUCUUUAUAUAAUUUUGAUCUUAUUUAUCGUGGUAGUCAAUCUGGUAUUAAUAAUAAUUCAUUUAGAAAUAAAUGUAAUUUAAGAUUACCAAUUUUAGUUUUAAUAAAAUGUCAAAAUACUAAAAAAAUUUUUGGUGGUUAUACUCCUGUUGGAUUUUAUAGUAAUGAUAGUAUUGAUGGUUUAAUUUAUUCUGAAAAUAGUUUUAUUUUUUCUUUUGAAGAUGAUACUUAUAUGAAAAAUAUUAAAUUAAGUAGAGUAAUAUCAUAUGAUUAUGCUAUUUAUAAUAAUUAUUAUUAUGGUUUUAAUUUUGGUGGUGACGCUUUAUGUAUGGAAAAUCAGAAUUUAUAUGCUAACGGUAAUGAACAUUAUGAAAAAAAUGUAAGUGAUGAUAAUAAUAUACCUUAUAUAAUUGAAGAAAUUGAAGCUUUUAGAGUAGUAAAAUUAUAA